UGUUCGUCAAAGUCCGUCAUCGCAGCAGUCACGUCACCCACUCUACAACAGGUGGAUCAACGCCGGCCUUAAGUGGCCCGUGCACGCAGCUCCGGACGCUGGCUGCUGGUGAAAUUCACGAUUCGCGAUCUCAUCAACCUCAUCCCGUCUACUUAACCAAGCCAAUCACUUUCAACAAAUAUCCUACCCCGGUGUAAACACAAUGGCAACUCCCAGCAAAUACGUCACCCUCGUAUCUGGCGAUGGCUUCGAGUUUGUCGUCAUGAGAGAAGCCGCCAUGAUCAGCCCCAUUAUCAAGGGCAUGCUGGAUCCUACGAGGCAAUUCGCCGAGGCCAAAGACGCCCGCUGUGUGUUUGAAGAGAUGAGCGCGGUCGUUCUCGACAAAGUGGUAGAAUACUUCCACUAUUGGUAUAAAUACCGAAACAGUGAGGAUGUCCCGGACAUGGACAUUCCCGUGGAGUUGUGCCUGGAGCUGCUAGCUGCCGCCGAUUUUCUUGGUCUUGAUCAGUGCGUGCACGCUGUUCCAUUGGUUUCAGCGCUUGCAGAUUGCUAACAGAAUUCAUUUAGGGCCAAUAUGAAAUGAUCCCAGUAUCAUGACGAAUUACGAAACAUUUACCUCGCGGUGACUACUAUCGCUUAGACUGGCUGGCGUUUAUGGCGUUCAAAAUGGCACUCAAUGAAAUUUACUUACAACAUAUUAGCAAUACUACUGACUCUAUCACACACCUUUAUUUCAACAACUGCGAAGUUCAGCCAACCGUGACUGUUAUCACCCAUCCAGCAUUUCGUCCUCUCAACGCUUCCCCGUGAGCAGGGCGACUAAAAGGGAUGGAAGAUUGAUGAUUCCAUAUCUACUAGGCUUUAUCCGAUUGCACCCUGGAUACUUGCUCUUAUUCACAGGAGAAUACAUUUCCAACACUAAUGAUUGCGUCCUCAAACGUCUGAGAAAUCUCCGCGUGAGUAUAUUUCAAGAGACCACUACUGCCCUCUACGGCACGAGAUCAGAGUAAACUAGCUCAAAUUAAGCUUUUCUUUAAAAUCAUUCGUUGUAUAAAUCUAACUGCGGCUCUGUUUGUAGAUGGUCUACUGGGCAGCUUCGUUCUCAUUCGCCUUGAGCUGCUCUAGAAUCUCGGAAAACAUCGUCUCAGCGGCCGCAUCUGAUCCAGCCUCCUUCCAGAGUUGCAAGUUCUCAGCAGUAACCUCCUUCUUUUCAAGGUAGUGCGGGAGCAAAUCACGCGGGGUUCUGAAGGCGGCCUUGGUAGGAACACUCUUGAGUCUGAGCACCUUGCAGAUAUCCUCAAGAUGAGCAGCCGAUUUCUUACCGCCACCGCCACCGUAAGAGACAAUUCCUGCAGGCUUUCCGGACCAUUCAUAGAAUAGAUAGUCCAGAGCGUUCUUCAAACCAGCAGGUACACUGCCAUUGUACUCGGGAGUAACAAAAGCGUAAGCAUCAUACUGACGAACCAAGCCGGACCACUUGCGAGAAAAGUCAUUGGCGUAGUGAGGAGUAGGAUCCUCCUUGGGCAGGCCACCAGGGUGAGUUGGCUCGUCGUAAAGAGGAAGCUUUUGAUCAACAAUAUCAAUCAAAUCGAGAGUGACGCCGGCGGUGGCUGCGAGGGGCUUGAGGAGAUCAAAGACAUGGUUGGCAACGGCGGGGCCAACGCGGUUGGUCCUUGUGCUGCCGAUAAUGACGGCGAUUUUCUUUUGGAGAGCCAUGGCUGUUGUAUAUUUUGUUCUUUCAGUCGAAGUUAUUAGAUAUGAAAAGGUGAAGCAAUGUAUCCGUAGAGGUGCGGCCUUUUAUCUACCACCAAACUGGGUUGUGUCCCGCCAGCGAUGUAUCGUGUUCGAUAGUGGAGGCU